AAACAUUUAUUAUACGUCUGAUAGAAAAAAAAUAAGAUGGGAAAAUAUAUACUAUGUUUUUUCCUUGUCCUCCUUUCUGUUGAUUCUAUAAACUCUUAUUUGAUGCCUCCCCUCUUCAGAAAAUUCAAUAUUGAAAUUGUAAACCAGCUAGGGUUUAACAAGAAACUCAAGGUUCAUUGCAAGAGCGGAAGUCAUGAUUUUCCGAUUACUUAUCUUAAUAUCGGCGAAAAUUUUCAAUUUAAGUUUACUAUCAACCUAAAGACUCUGUAUUGGUGUAAUCUAUGGCAGGGACCAAAUUACAAACACCAUGUGGUUUUUAAUGCGUUUCUUCCGGACAAAGAUUUUAUAGAUGGUACGUGUACUGGAAUGGACCCUAAUGUAUGUAGGUGGAUCGCAAAAGAAGAGGGAGUCUAUGUCCUCAACAAGCAAUUUCACGGAGAAUACUUCAUCUAUAAAUGGGAUGCUCCCUCAAGAAACACUCGAGUGGGUGCACCUGCGAGUGAAUAUGAAUGAGUUCAGUGAUCUAUAAAUAUAUAUAGUACCAUAUAUUAUCUUUGUAUUACUAUUAUCAUGUAACCAGUGGCGGAUCCAGGAAACUUUUUUACCUGGGUCAUAGGCCCAACUAAAACAAAUAAAAGAAAAUAUAACUAGGGCUAGGCACAAGCGGUUACUUGCUAUUUUGCGUGUACUUGCGACUUGAUUUGUCUUGUACGAGUAAUGAAACUUUUGACUUGUACUUGCCUUGUUAAAAACAAGUACUUGAUAUUUCAAGUACUUGAUCAAAAAUAAAUUACUUGCAAGUUACUUGCAUUGCUCUGUUACUUACUAUUUACGAGUAUUUAUGAAUUAUUUACGAGUUUUUCGGAAUAUUUAAGAAUUACUUACUAAAUAAUACUCUAUUAGAAAUAGACAUAAAAUUUGUUUUAUUUAUUCUACUUGAAAAUUUAGUUAUAUGACUUGUUAUUACAUGUUACAUGUUUAGAGAAGACAUUUUUGUUAUCGUGAAAAUUAUACAAUGUUUAUAUCGAAAUAUGGAUAUAUAUAUUUUUUAUCUGUCUUCUUUAUGUAAUGUUUGACUAGAAGACAACGAUUAUUUAAAAAUCAAGAUGAAUACGAAACAAGUAACAAGUAUAAAAAGAGUAAUGAGUAUUUGUGUCGAAUCCUAAAUGCAAGUAAAAAAAAAGACAAAUAUAAACAAGUAACUAAUAGAUCAUGUAACAAAUAACAAGU